UAUCCAACGGCCAAUGGUGACCUAAGACCUCUCGCAGCCGAACGGUUGUAAACCCCAAUCUCGAGCUGUCAAAACCCUGGCGUCAGAUUCCGGAGAUGAGAUGGGGCGGUAGAUCAGCAUUUGAUCAAAUGGGCUUCGAUCUCCUCACAGAGAACUUGUUCGCCGGCCACGCCGCGGCGGCGGCCGGCUCUGUCGCCGGUGCCGCGUUCCUCACCCAUCCCCUCGACACCCUCAAAACCCUCCUCCAGGUUGGUGCGGGGUCAAGCCAACAGGUGGGUCUUUGGCAGGUGGUCGAGAGGGUUCGGAUGGUUUCAGGAUUGUCAGGUUUUUACAGUGGCCUUGGAUGGUCGGUACUUGGUAAGCUUUUUGGUUUCGGAUCACGUUUUGGAACCUAUGAGAUAUUAACUGCUUACUACAAAGAUGGAAGAACAUACAACUAUGUGCAUGUUUCUGAGGCUUUUUUGGCAGGCAUGGCAGCAGGUGCCAUGGAAGCUGUUAUUUGUACCCCAUUUGAACUUCUUAAAAUUCGCAGUCAGGUCUCCUCUGCUUCUCUCCUUAGGAAACUUGGUUCUGUUGGGGUUAUGCAAGAAUCAACUCCACUUAUUUCAAAAUUACUACCUGGUUCCACUCCUAAUAUGAAGGCAUGGAAUAAUACUCUUGGUAUGUUGUCUACUCUUUCGACCAGUCAUAUCGACAUUGUUGGUGUGCUGAAGCAGUAUCCGUGGAUGCUGACUGGUUCUGGGAGGCCUCCAUUUGCUUCUGAGGUCAAAGAACCUUCUAAAAUUGUAUCAUUGGAGGGAUGGAGUGCUUUAUGGAGAGGACUUCGACCUGGAAUAGCUCAAAAAUGUGUUUUUGGUGGUUUUUUCUUUUCUACCUGGCAAUUCUUUCACAUAGCAAUGCUUGACUGGAAAGCUCUCGAUUUGAAUCCACCACCCAGGUCGAUAGAUGAUGUUGGCCCUGUCUCCCCUCUGGCUUCAAGUCUUGCUGCUGGGUUUUCUGGAAUAGUAGCUGCCGCUGCUUCUCACCCUUUUGACACUGCCAAAACUCGGUCACAUUGUAUUGUUACACCCAAG